AUGGCUACCAAUGACCCAGCCAUGCUCUUGGAGGCUGCAAAAGCUAUCAUCAAACGUCCAUCAGCGAAUCUGCGAAAGCUCAGAAGCUUACCAAUGCAUCGACUGUUAGAGCUGAGAAAGAUGGAUAAGAAAGUCCCAGACCUGAACGGCCGUGCCUUUUAUAGCGAAGCUGUCAUGGCCCAGGCAGUGGGUGUCGAAGUGACGACUGUAUGUAAGAGAUGCAAGGGUGGCGCUGGCCAUUUUCAGCAAUGCGUAAUCGUCUCAGGCUUUUUCAACGGCGCUUGUGCAAAUUGCCAUUUCGGACACCGUGAUGUCCAAUGUAGUCUGUAUUCUGGAAACGCUGGUAAACGCACCCUAGACAAAGUACCAGCUAUGAAAACUCAGACAGUCCAUCAACAAGCAUUUCCCAAUCCCGAGGAUUUUCUAAACUACUACCUACGGAGUGAGGCGAGCGUCCCUCAAUCUACCUCAAUAGAUAAGAUCAUCCACCCAGCGCCGCACGGCUACGAGACCCAGUCGCCAGAAACGAUCCCGGAUUCUGUAUCUUCAAUGGUGCCGGUGUUCGGUGGAUCAGAAUUCUCCUCGCAGCCACCCAUAGACGGGAUCAACAAGCAGUUAAUCUAUGGGAAUAAGGUAGAAAAUUUCGAUUUUCAGAACUCCUUCGACGAUUUCUUUAACUCUUUGAACCCGGAUGUGGAGGUGGAGAACACCUCUAGCACCGAAGACAACCCCCCAUCCGUGGAAAAUAUUGGCCGUCUGAUGGAGACCUCGUCGGCUACAACAUUCACGCCAUUAACUACCACUCCCCAGAUGUCCGCGGGGGUUGAGAAUCUUGGUAAUCUUCAGGUGUGGGAUAACACCCGAGAGGACUCCUGGGAUGCGCUAUUUAUUUUUUAA